AUGCAUUAUCCUCGAGUCGAGAUGCCAUCACUCUUGAGGAACACUCUCGAUCACGCCUUCGUGCGUAGUAAGCGCACCGGGGAUGUCAAGAUUCGCGGAGCGAAAGGGUCAUCUCAUCGGUCAGCCUCAUUCCUGGCACCACACGAACGUAUCCUGCACUACGUUGGCAAGGAACGUACAUAUGUCUGCCGAUGUACUAACCCUAGGCGGCAUUCCGUGCGAAUUUCCUGCGUGGCUUUCGAAUCGAGGCAUCUGAGUGCAGAUCUUACGCUGUAUCUAGAACGCCAUAAUCUUCAAUCAUGCGCCAUUGCCGACUUGGAAGAUUACCACGAAUGGCAAGACGCUAAGUGGGAGAUGGAAGGCGUCUAUGCUGACGAGUUUCAUUAUGCCAAUCGAAACAAGGACGUUGUCUGUCGCUGUUUACAGUCAUGGAGCCAUGACUAUGGCACGCCUCGACAUCCUGAGAUCAUCGAGCGAUGCGCGGAGUUCUUCUGCGCAUACAGCGGCGAGCUCACGGCUACGAAGAAGCAGUGGAAAUCCUUCGACUACAGCUCACCUCCUCCGUACUCAUCCAUUGUACAAGACCAGCCUGGUCACCAGAGGACGUUCAAAGACACCAGGAAGAAGCAUCGACCAACAAUAUCGCCAGAGGUAGAAGUGCGGAACAAAGCCGAGCGUAAAGCUUCGGUCAUGCCAGACCAUCGUGGUCAUGCCUCGAUACAAGAAGCAACACCAGAAUGUGAGCAAGAGAUGCUUCCUCAAGCGUGGCAGCCCGCUCAUCCAUCGCUUUCGAAGGCUCGACCCGGUGCAGAAUCGGCUUACAGCACACCCAUGGGCACCGUUCCACCAUCAAGGUCGGCAAGUUCUUCAGUAGCACUGAACCUGACGCAGCGUGCUUCUUCGUCUGCCUCCUCGUCCCAGUUCCAAGACGAGGCAGGUACAGCUGUGAAUACGGAUGUGUUUAAUCCGUCGCGCACGCGGGACUGGCUUGCCAUUUUAGCUCUCACUACCUGUGUAAUGUGCUCAGCAUACGAGAAAAAAGCCAUUCGUGCGCUGCUCAAGCGUUUUCCAGAUUUGGAGUUCCCAGAUUCCCCUAAGGUUCAAGCAACAGGGGUCGUGCCUGGUAGCUAUGGCGACGAUGGCGGCCUUCCAAAAUCCGACUCUGGUUCGAUGAAAAGUGUCCCGGUUCCUGGCGAUCCUCUUGGUAUUCACGAAGAAAAUGGAUGUUACGAAGAGGACGGAGGAUACGAAGAGGAUGAUUAUGGUACCACAACCAGCCGUGAAUCUCUGCCAUUCGACAAUGGUUUGUGGUACCGAGACCGCCUGCACUAUGAGAAGUAUGGAGAUAUGGCGAGCCAAAUUCCAGUGGCAGACCUUCCCGCUCGUAGUUUGCAGGUCGAAUUUCCAUGUUUCGACCGCGAUGAAGGAAAUAAGACUCUGGUUGCAGAACUCACCGAUCGUAGAUCGCCGGUGGAGCUUCCGGCUACGCCCGUACGCCGACGACACACUGCAACGCUGAAAAAGCUCGAGGGACGGGAGUGGGACACAGCAUCGGAGUCGGAAGCCAAGCACUCCAGACUCCAGCACGAACAAACCAUCAGUGGUACGUUCAAUUACGCACGUAAGACCGCAAGAUUGAGCUCACCCUUUGAGUAG